GACUGCUUUAUUUCUUUGCAGGUACUAGUGAACACUGCCUGCUGUUUUCUGAUGCUCGUUGCUAAGCUCAUCCAGUGCAUGGUGUUUGGUCCUCUUCGUGUCAGCGAGAGGCAGCAUCUCAAGGAUAAAUUCUGGAAUUUCAUCUUCUACAAGUUCAUCUUCAUUUUUGGUGUGCUGAAUGUUCAGACGGUGGAAGAAGUGGUGAUGUGGUGCCUGUGGUUUUCUGGGCUUGUGUUUCUUCAUCUUAUGGUUCAGCUCUGCAAGGAUCGAUUUGAAUAUCUUUCCUUUUCUCCUACCACCCCCAUGAGCAGCCACAUCAGAGUACUGACCCUGCUGAUCGCCAUGCUCCUGUCCUGCUGUGGCUUAGCGGUCGUCUGUGGGAUUAUUGGCUACACCCAUGGCAUGCACACGCUGGCUUUCAUGGCAGCAGAGUCUCUGCUCGUGACAGUCAGAACUGCCCAUGUGAUUUUACGAUACGUAAUUCAUCUCUGGGAUCUCAACCACGAAGGAACGUGGGAGGGCAAAGGUACUUAUGUCUACUACACAGAUUUCGUCAUGGAGCUGAUCUUGCUUUCACUGGACUUGAUGCAUCAUAUUCAUAUGCUGCUGUUUGGCAAUAUCUGGUUGUCCAUGGCGAGCCUGGUGAUUUUUAUGCAGCUGCGCUACCUGUUUCACGAGGUUCAGCGCAGGAUUCGGCGGCACAAGAACUACCUGCGUGUGGUUGGAAACAUGGAAGCUAGGUUCGCGGUUGCGACACCAGAGGAGCUGGCAGUCAACAACGAUGACUGUGCCAUUUGCUGGGACUCCAUGCAAUCCGCACGGAAACUGCCUUGUGGCCACCUCUUCCACAACUCAUGCCUGCGGUCCUGGCUGGAACAAGACACGUCUUGCCCUACCUGCAGAAUGUCUCUUAAUAUCACUGACAGCCAUCACGUGAGAGAGGAUCACCAGAGGGAAAAUCUGGAUGAGAACCUGGUCCCUGUGGCAGUGGCGGAAGGCAGGCCGCGCCUGAACCAGCAAAAUCACUUCUUCCACUUCGAUGGCUCUCGAAUUGCCAGCUGGCUGCCCAGUUUUUCCGUAGAAGUGAUGCACACCACAAACAUCCUCGGCAUCGCACAAGCCAGCAACUCCCAGCUUAACGCUAUGGCCCAUCAGAUCCAGGAGAUGUUCCCGCAGGUCCCGUAUCAUUUAGUUCUGCAGGAUCUGCAGCUAACUCGUUCUGUGGAGAUCACCACCGACAACAUCCUAGAAGGGCGCAUCCAAGUACCUUUCCCCACACAGCGCGCUGACAGCAUCAGACCUACGCCGAGCAGUUCCCUGGAGCGGCACGCUGCUGAUCAGGAGGAUCCCGAAGCUGUCGCCCAGACCGAGAGAGUGCCGCUUGAACUCAACUCCAGACUGGAAGAAAUGGUAGAAUUCAGCGAAAUGGAAGCAGAGCCGAGCGAGGCAGAUUUUGAGGCCAGGGGAAGCCGCUUUUCCAAGUCUGCGGAUGAGAGGCAACGGAUGCUGGUUCAGCGGAAGGAGGACUUGUUGCAGCAAGCUCGAAAGCGUUACUUAAACAAAACCUCCGACGAGGAGCUGACCGCCGAGAAGCCCUCUCCCCCGCUUGAGGGAGAGUACGCCGACACCGUCUUUUUCGCCCCCCCGGCCCCCCGGACUCCCGCGCCCGCUGCCGAACGGAGACUUCAGAUGCAGCAGAACUCCUAG